GUCACUUUCCUCUACAUCAUUAUCAUUUGACAGAAGACUCUUCCAAUGUCAGGUAUCUCUGCAUGGAAUGGUGCCGGGGACACCCUCUGAAGAUCACGGUGUCUCCAUUCGCUAUAGAGGAGAUGCAAAGGGUUCUGUUUAUUCUCAGGACAGCGAUAGGUCUGAAUAAGACAGAGGGAUGUGAGGUGAGGAGGCAGCUGACCUCAGUAGCAAUACUGUGUUCCUGAAGGGGAAGCAGUCACGAAAGCCACACUGGUGCAUAAGACAAGCACAGUGGGGUGGAACAUCGUGGCCCAGAAAGGAGAACGAUCUGCCUGUUUACUGGAUCUUAGGCCAGUGAGUUCAUUUCUGUGGAUCCCAGUUCUAUCACUUUCUAAAUACAAGACCCUGAGCAUGAGCAUAACUGUCCUACCCACAUUCCUAGAACUGCAUAAAUAUGACAAAACGUGUUGGAAAACUGCAGAGUAAAAUGCUACUUUCAUACAUACCUGGGUUUUAUCCUGUUUCACCUCUUUUUAUCUGGGCAAAUCACUCAACCUUUCUGGAGUAUCUAUUUCUUACGUGAACAAUAGCAGUGUGUUUCAGGGUGAGGUGAAAUCGAUCUUCAACCUGCUCCAUAACUAUAUUCAGUGUCCUCACGAAGCUGUUUCUACCCAGGGGUCCUAAGCUUAGGCCCAUCGGUAAGCGUUAGUGUGAGGACCAAUGCACUACAUUGUAAAUCUUAAUUUCUUCAACAAAAACAAAUUCCUUACCGGUUGUGAGCAAAGCAGCCUUCUCAGACCAGCAAGCAGGUGGCUGUUCCAGGUCCUUCCUCAGGACUGACCUCCUCCUGCCCAGGGAGGGGCAGGGGAAGGCGGGUUGGAGACGCCUGAUGUCACACAGCCCUACCUAAGGGCCUCCUUUAGGCUCCUGCAGGUGGUUUGGAAGCAGCUGGAGGAAUGAAUUAGGUCCUGGUUGUGGGAUUUUUUUUUUUUUUUUUAAGUCAGACAGAGACACAGCUGUUGAGCAAAAUGCAGCCUCCACAGAAAACCCAAAGCCUCAGACCCUUCAAGGAGAGGAAGAGUUUAGCAACCAGAAGAGAGGAAGUCGCUAGAAUCCAGGCGAAGUUCCCCAGCAAGAUCCUGACUCUUAACAGAGUAGUAGUGGAGCACUACCCCUGGGAGAGGUUCCUGCCCCUGCUGGACAAGACUCGGUUCCUGGUCCUGCAGGCACUGACCAUGACCCUCUUCCUCAGAAUCAUACAGAGCUGCCUGGUCCUGGGGGCCUCUGGACCCUUUUACUUGCUGGUGAACAAUAAGAGCCUGGUCAACAUGAGUGUGACCAUGGCAGAGGUCUACAGGGACUACCAGAAUGAGGAUGGCCUCAUGUAAGUGACCUACGCCUCCCAGGAGAUGUUCGGCUGUCUGGGCUCCAGGAAGACCCUGCCGUCCUCUGCAGAGCAUGUCUAGAGCCUGGUGUCACCCCAUGUGGGUGGACUCCAUGUGGGCUCAGUCACUGGGAACCUCAGCCUGGGGACAGGU